AUGUGGAGACAAAUCAAACCGAAGAAAACACCAGAAGUCUCGACGUCACAAAGAAUGAUUCAAGCCAUCAGGAAAGCAGAAGAGGAGAAAAGGGAGAAAGCAAGAAUAGAAUUAGAACAAGCGGAGAAGAGAAGGAAAAGAGCUGAAUCAAGAGGCCCGAGAAUUCUAGCGGCAUCAACGUCAAGAGGACCAACCCUAGACCAACACAGUCUAGAACCUCCUAUCCAACAAACGGAAGAAGACCGGAGAGAAGACGUCACUGGCAACCAGCCCCAGAGGAUUGAACAGCCGGCUCACCUCGAAAUCUCAGACGAUUCGGAAGGAGACGCUAGAGAGGAACAAUCAGAAUCAAACGAUUCCGAGACAGAAGAGGACACCUCGGAGAAAUAA